GCCGAAGCAGCUGCGUUUGUUAUGAAGAAAUCUCGGUCACAUCUGCGUAGAUCUAGAAAUUAUGACAUGCAUAGCGCAAGUUUGAUGUAGCGCCUGAAACUCGAGCCACUCUACGCCGUAGGUGCCAGUUCGACGAUGAGUGCGCCACGAACGCAUUCUGAGAAAAAAAUGGCGCUAGCAGAGCAUACCUGCGUCAGGAAUACUUCCCGUAAGCAUGUUAUACUGUGCUGCCUAGGCUUGCACCCCUUUUCCAAAUGUACCCAGUUUGUCAUUUGCGCGGCCGGCAUCAUGGUCGUGUUCCUGGGUUACGGAUACACGCAGGAGCUCAUGUUUCACAUCGAAGGGUUCAAGCCACACGGCUUCUACCUGACCUUUGUCCAGUUCGUGCUGUACAGCAUCUUCGCUUUCGUCGAGCGAAGCAUGCGAAUGGAGAAAGGCCGCACAGCACCGCUGCGAACCCACCUAUUACUAUCGGUACUGUCCGUGGGCACCAUCGGCCUCUCUAAUGCUGCCCUGGGUUACCUAAACUACCCGACCCAGGUUCUGUUUAAGUGCUGCAAACUAAUCCCGGUGCUUCUCGGUGGCAUACUCAUCCAAGGGAAGAGGUACAACUAUCUCGACCUGCUAGCUGCUGUGCUUAUGAGCAUUGGACUGGCUGCCUUUAUCCUGACUGACAAUAAAUUGUCACCAACAUUUUCACUUAUAGGUGUUAUGAUGAUAUCAACGGCUCUGCUAUUUGAUGCUGUCAUUGGCAACGUGCAGGAGAAAGCAAUGACGGCUUACGGCACCCCAAACUCCGAAAUAAUGAUUUUCUCCUACUCCAUUGGUUCUGUGAUCCUGCUUUUCUUCCUGGUGGCAAUGCAGGACUUUACGCCAGCUGUGAUCUUCUUUGCACAGAAUCCAGUAGAGACUUACGGCUACGCCACCAUCUUUUCCAUACUGGGCUACCUUGGCAUCCAGUUGGUCCUCACGCUCAUCAACAUCUCUGAUGCCUUCAUCACUGUGAUUGUCACGACUUGCCGAAAGGCCAUAUCCAUCAUUCUUUCUUUCAUGCUGUUUGCCAAACCAUUCUCAUUCCAGUACGUAUGGUCAGGUGCACUGGUGCUUCUGGGCGUGUAUCUCCAUGCCUACAGCAAAAGGCUUGCCAAGCUGCGGCGUCUCCCCCUUGUUCACCAGGAAAAGCUAUCUUCAUUACUGUGACGAUCCUGCGAUAGCUGGACAGAUCUAGUCAAAGUAGUGUAAAAAACUGUUUUAUUGUGUGCGAGCCAUUUAUACUCGCAUGGACCAGUAUUUUACACAUCCUAAAGCCAAAAAUAUUACUUGAGUGAUCUAUUUAUACAAUUAAAAGCUCAUUAUUUGUUUUGAAAA